GGAGAUCCACAUUGCUUACCCACCUUUUAUUCUUUUCUCAAGCAUUGCUUCUCCUUUACUGCUACUAAUAUUAUUGUCAACACCUUUUUGUUCCAAGAUCUUGAGUGCCCAUUUUCCCAAAGAAGUGUAUUGGACUUUUUGGAGCUUCUUCCCUGGGUUAAGUUGAACACAGAUUCUUAAUAGCAGGGAUGGGUUCUGGACAAUGGUUUAAGACGAUAAUCAGGUUAAAGAAAGCAAAAGUUGGCAGUUCAAAACAAGCGAAGGGAUCCUCAGCUUCUGCAAAAUCAAAUGCCUUAAAAUGGAAGAAUCGUCCGUGGAAAGAGUCUUCUGGUUUUGCCAAUGGCAUGCCAGUUGAGGAUAUUGCUGCAACACGGAUUCAGACUGCAUUCAGGGCAUACAGGGCUAGGAAAACUUUACGUCGUUUGAAAGGUAUAGUAAGACUACAGAUCCUGACCCAAAAUUAUCCUGUUAAGAGGCAAGCUACAACAACAUUGAGCCAUCUUCACUCAUGGAGCAAAAUACAGGCCCAGAUAAGAGCUCGCAGACUGUGUAUGGUGACAGAAGGUCGGCUUAGACAGAAGAAACUAGAGAAUCAACUAAAACUUGAGGCAAAGCUUCAUGACCUAGAGGUGGAUUGGUGUGGUGGCUCUGAAACGAUGGAUGAAAUUCUUGCAAGGAUACAUCAGAGAGAAGAUGCAGCAGUUAAGCGGGAGCGAACUAUGGCCUAUGCCUUUUCUCAUCAGUGGAGGGCCAACUCUAGUCAGAGAUAUGGUAAUUAUGAACUUAGUAAAACUAAUUGGGGUUGGAGCUGGUUGGAACGUUGGAUUGCUGCUCGCCCGUGGGAAAGCCGUGUCCCUCCUAAGUCUAUUAGCCCAAAGAAAGCACAGAGUACACAGUCUAGCAAGGUUGGUAGAAAUGUAGAUCCAUCGACACCUAAAACGCCUGUUUCAGUCAAACCUCCUUUGGCCAAUGGGAAGGGCAUCAAAAAGGUGGCCCGGAGAUUGUCUUAUCCGGCUUCCGAAAAACCAGCUGCAAAUGAAUGGAGCAUUAAAACUGAAGAGGCAAACAAUAAGAAAGAACAGUUGGUGUCGUAGUACAGAUGAAAAUGUGAGGGAAACCCCAUUUGUUAUUUAUGUGCUUAUAUCUGACUUUUUUGCAUAGUGGAGUGGCUUGGUAGUUAUUUGCUUUGGCCUGCGGUACAGAAUAACUGGAAAGACCUGGAUAUGGGACUGACCUAGUCAUUGUUUCCUCCUCCUUACACUUCUUUUUUCUUUUUUCUUUCCCUAUAAUGUAUAGAUUCAAAGGAAGACAAUAUAUGAUUGCUGGUGUAGAUAUAUCUGUUGGUGAUGAUUUGGGAA